AUCAAAACUGCCAUAAAACAAAUGAAGAAGGUCGGGAAUAAGCCUGAAUUCAUUGCCUGGACUGGGUAUUGGACUAACCAACCACUCUAGUGACAAUCUCUCCUACGAUGCCUGUGACGACCCCCCAUCCAAUUUCCACCAAAUGUACAAAAAAGUGACUGCCCUCCUGACCACCCACUUCCCCAACACCACAAUCCUCCCCACACUGGGAAACCACGACAACUGUCCCCCCAACUACUGGCCCACCAAUAACCCAAACGUAUACCAACAUUUCCUGGAUAGUUCUGGCUGGGGUGAGUUGAUUAAGGACAGGACAUUCCUCAAAGGUAGAGGGACAGUAAUUAGACCAGGCGGGUACUACUCCACACACAUCUCAGACUCACUCCUGGCCAUCGUCCUCAAUUCAGUCCUCUGGAUACUCCCCAACCAGGACGCCUCCUCACAAACUGACCCCGGGGACCAAUUCCUGUGGCUCAAUCACACAUUAAUGAAAGCACAGGCCAACAAUAAGACUGUCCUCAUAUUCACUCACGUACCCCCCGGACAUGAACCAAAUGUCACUCGCCAAUACAAUUCUCAAACACUCACCAAACAAUUUAUAGACAUUCUGGGAGAGUUCGACCAAACUGUGCUGGGAGUGUUUUGUGGGCAUCUCCACAAAGAUGCCUUCUUCGGGGAUCCUGCCCUCUACUCUCGAGUGAUCUACGCCUCCCCUCCUCUCUCCUGGAUAGCAGGGAAUCCAGGAGUGCGUCUAUACAACUACGACAUAUCCGACUACACUCAAUACUACUUAACCAGUCAUGGGGAAUGGGUGGCUCACUCUCAGUCCAAAAUAUACUCAGUCACCACCAAUCAUGCCCAGACAUUGCUGAGGGCAGUCCAGGAUAAUAUAUGCACAUAUAUUGCCUUGUUUGCACAGUCGGAUGUGGUCAGACUGGACUGUGACCAAGUCUGUGCUCUCUCGUUGUACUGUUCGAUGAGGACACUCACCCCAGCUGACUACUCUGCUUUCAUGGCCAGUCGGGCGGACGUAUUGGAACUCGCCUCCUUCCCGUAUUCGUCGAAAUACCAAAUCCUUGUCGGUUGUUCUAUAAUGUUGGUCAUUAGGACUAACCGGAAGUAA